AAGCUGUUUGUUGUGUACAGCAGGGAAGAUACUUCUCUUGUCUUGCUUGGAUGCACAAAUCUGUGCGCUGUGCUUUUCGCCCGUUGCCUAGACGAUCAAUUGGUUUCUCUGAGGAUGUCUGGUUCUCGUAAAGAGUUUGAUGUGAAACAGAUUUUGAAAAUCAGGUGGAGGUGGUUUGGCCAUCAAGCACCGUCUAAUUCUUCUGUGGACAGCCAGCAGGGAGAAUUUUGGAACCGAGGACAGACGGGAGCAAACGGUGGGAGAAAGUUUUUAGAUCCGUGUAACCUACAAUUGCCUUUGGCUUCAAUUGGUUACCGAAGGUCCAGCCAACUGGAUUUUCAGAAUUCACCUUCUUGGCCAAUGGCAUCCACCUCUGAGGUCCCUGCGUUUGAGUUUACAGCAGAAGGCUGUGGUGGCGCACACUGGCUGGACAGACCAGAAGUGGAUGAUGGCACCAGCGAAGAGGAAAAUGAAUCUGAUUCCAGCUCGAGCAGAACUUCCAAUAGUAGCCAGACACUGUCAUCCUGCCAUACUAUGGAGCCGUGCUCAUCAGAUGAAUUCUUUCAGGCCCUUAACCACGCAGAGCAAACAUUUAAAAAAAUGGAAAACUACUUGAGACAUAAGCAACUGUGUGAUGUCAUUUUAGUCGCUGGCGAUCGUAGGAUUCCAGCUCACAGACUGGUGCUCUCCUCCGUCUCAGAUUAUUUUGCUGCUAUGUUUACUAAUGAUGUCAGGGAGGCAAGGCAAGAAGAAAUAAAAAUGGAAGGUGUGGAACCGAACUCACUGUGGUCCUUAAUUCAGUAUGCAUACACAGGUCGACUUGAACUAAAAGAAGAUAACAUCGAGUGUCUGCUGUCCACGGCAUGCCUUCUGCAGCUCUCCCAGGUCGUGGAAGCCUGCUGCAAGUUCCUGAUGAAACAGCUCCACCCGUCCAAUUGCCUCGGAAUCCGCUCUUUCGCUGAUGCUCAAGGGUGCACAGACUUGCAUAAAGUGGCUCACAAUUACACUAUGGAACAUUUCAUGGAAGUAAUCAGAAACCAGGAAUUCGUAUUGCUCCCAGCCAGUGAGAUUGCGAAGCUCUUGGCCAGCGACGACAUGAACAUUCCUAAUGAGGAGACCAUCCUGAAUGCCCUUCUUACGUGGGUGCGGCAUGAUUUGGAGCAGAGGCGGAAGGACCUCAGUAGACUUCUGGCUUACAUCAGGCUACCUCUCCUUGCACCACAGUUCCUGGCAGACAUGGAAAACAAUGCACUCUUUCGGGAUGACAUAGAAUGUCAGAAACUCAUUAUGGAAGCAAUGAAGUACCACUUAUUACCUGAGAGGCGACCCAUGUUGCAGAGUCCUCGGACAAAACCUCGGAAGUCAACUGUUGGGACAUUGUUUGCAGUUGGAGGAAUGGACUCCACAAAGGGAGCAACCAGCAUUGAGAAGUAUGAUCUCCGCACAAACAUGUGGACGCCUGUUGCAAACAUGAACGGGAGGAGGCUACAGUUCGGCGUCGUGGUGCUGGAUGACAAGCUGUACGUGGUUGGAGGGCGAGACGGGCUGAAGACUCUCAACACCGUGGAGUGCUACAACCCCAAAACAAAAACCUGGAGUGUGAUGCCACCUAUGUCCACGCAUAGGCAUGGGCUCGGUGUGGCUGUACUGGAAGGGCCCAUGUACGCCGUAGGAGGGCAUGAUGGCUGGAGCUAUCUGAACACAGUGGAGCGCUGGGACCCUCAGGCUCGCCAGUGGAAUUUUGUUGCCACUAUGUCCACCCCCAGGAGCACAGUAGGUGUGGCAGUACUAAGUGGAAAGCUGUAUGCAGUUGGUGGUCGCGAUGGGAGCUCUUGUCUCAAGUCGGUAGAAUGCUUUGAUCCUCACACCAAUAAAUGGACACUGUGUGCCCAGAUGUCAAAAAGGAGAGGUGGCGUAGGAGUGACAACCUGGAAUGGACUGCUGUAUGCCAUUGGGGGGCACGAUGCUCCCACAUCCAACUUGACUUCCAGACUUUCAGACUGUGUGGAGAGAUAUGAUCCCAAAACAGACAUGUGGACCGCAGUGGCGUCUAUGAGCAUUAGCAGGGACGCGGUGGGGGUCUGCUUGCUUGGUGACAAGCUGUAUGCUGUUGGGGGCUAUGACGGACAGACCUACCUGAACAUAGUGGAAGCUUAUGACCCCCAGACAAAUGAAUGGACCCAGGAAGUGACGGUAGCCAGGCGCAGCGGCACACAGCACUCCGGAAGGCAAAGGAUCGCAGGAGAGAAGCUGCAGAGGACACAAGGGAAGGAAUUAAUCCAACAGAGACUCCUUGACCUCGGAAACCUCAUCAGUAGGACGCUGAGUAAAAAGACAGGUGCGGCUCUCAACCCUCACCAAAGAAUCGUCUUUAUGCAGCAAAUCAUCACCCAGAGACACAACAGAUCAAAAGGCAGAAAACCUCUGAUUGUGGGGUGCGCGGACACAACUGAUGCAGCUACAACACAUACACUUAAGGCUCAGGGAACGUCAUGGGAGUGGGGGCCAAAAGGUUGUAAGAGCUGGAGGACCGGAAGUCAGUUGCGAGACUGUAUCAUUAAGCACAGAAAGCUGUGUGGGCACCAUGUGUCGGUCGAUUCUUCUCGCUCCAAGUCUCACAGGCACAUUGCAGGGAAUCCCAGGUGGAAAUACGCUGUGCUCGGGAAACCCAGACCUUUGCAGACGGUGAUGGCAGCCCUGGGCUUUGUCCUCAAGGCUUCCCACUGCACACUCAAGCCUGAUAAAUAG